AUGAAGCUCGUCAGGUUUCUUAUGAAGUGCCAGAACGAGACGGUCACGGUUGAGCUCAAGAAUGGCACAAUCGUCAAUGGCACAAUCGCCUCUGUCUCCCCGCUCAUGAACGUCGCACUACGAACAGUAAAAUACACUCCCCGGGGCCGCGAUACAGUUACCCUAGACACCAUGACUGUCCGAGGUUCAACUGUCCGCUAUAUCAUCCUUCCGGACUCUCUGCCACUCGACACACUCCUGAUCGAUGAUGCACCAAAGCCCAAGAACAAGGCGAGGAAGGAAACGGACCGUGGUGGUCGCGGCGGUGGCGGCGGUGGUCGUGGUGGCCCAAGAGGGCGUGGUGGUCGGGGUCGCGGCAGGGGACGUGGUCGGGGCAUGUGA